AAAAAGAAAAUUAUUUGGAAGGAAUAGAAACGAACCGAAACGGGGAAUCAUUGUUUGCGUCUGUAAAUUGAAAAUUGCAUCCCUCUCCCUGAAACUCAACCUCAAAACCCUAGCUUCCUGCAACACGAGCCACAACGGCGUCGUAUCAGUAACGUUGUUAUGAUUGGGUGACAAUCGUACCGAACCGAAUCAAAUCGAAUCGCGGAGAGGAAGACAGCACCGGCGUUCGUUAUGUACAGAGAGCGAGGAGUAGGAUCCAAAUCGGAGGUAACUUCCGCUGAUCGGAAGCGAAUCAACGACGUCCUCGAUAAACAGCUCGAACGAUCCUCGCCGUCCACAUCUAGAGCCGCCGGCAUCAACGGCAAGGACCGCUCAUCCUCCUCUUCCCUCUUAGCCGCCGCCAAGGACUCCCGCUCCGCCUCCGUCACCGCCCCUAUCUCCAAGAAUUCCAACGCUUCUGACGAAGAGUCUGAAACAGACAGCGAGGAGUCUGAUGUUAGCGGUUCCGAUGGUGAUGACACGUCUUGGAUCUCGUGGUUCUGCAAUUUGAGAGGAAAUGAGUUUUUCUGUGAGGUUGAUGACGAUUACAUCCAGGACGAUUUCAACCUGUGCGGAUUAAGCAGUCAAGUGCCUUACUACGAUUAUGCUCUGGAUUUGAUUUUGGAUGUUGAGUCCUCCCAUGGUGACAUGUUUACCGAGGAACAAAAUGAGUUAAUUGAAUCAGCAGCCGAAAUGCUAUAUGGUCUGAUUCAUGCCCGGUAUAUAUUGACAAGCAAAGGAAUGGCUGCAAUGCUGGACAAGUACAAGAACUAUGAUUUUGGCAGAUGCCCGAGAGUUUACUGCUCUGGACAACCUUGUAUUCCAGUUGGUCAGUCAGACAUCCCGAGAUCCAGUACUGUGAAAAUAUACUGCCCUAGGUGUGAAGACAUUUACUAUCCUCGGUCCAAGUAUCAAGGCAACAUUGACGGUGCUUAUUUUGGAACUACAUUUCCUCACCUGUUCCUCAUGACUUAUGGACAACUAAAACCACAGAAACCAUCACAGAGCUAUGUUCCAAGAGUUUUUGGCUUCAAACUUCACAAGCCUUGAAGCUGAAAUUUUAAGCUUCCAUUAAAGAGCAUGUUGUAAAGAGAAUUGCAGGCGACCUGUCAUGCAAAUGCUAGUUUCAAUUUCGGCUUGGAAUUCAGUGAGCUUCAAGUUCCAUGAACAAGUGCUUAGGUACUUCAAUGCACUCUUAAGUGCUUAUUGCAAAUUGUAUUCUUGCGGUUAGUUUCACUUAAAGUUGUUUAUGAUUGUGUCAGAUUACAGAUACUCAACUAUUUUAUAUUAUUUUAUUCCAUUUGCUCUCUCCA